GCAAAGGAGAAGGGAUCUAGUAUUUCUGAGGGCGGGGCUGAAGGAUCAGGGGCGGAGCUAAGCGCUCUGAAGGGCGGGGCCAAGGAGCCUAGGGAAGGUCUAAGCCCUAGUAAUGGUCCUGGACGUCCACGUGGGGGUGGUCUCCGCGGUGGCCGGGCUUGGGGACGAGGGAGACCGAGGACUCCCCCAGGAGAGGUGGUGUGGGUGGAGCGGGCUGGAAGGCCCGCUGACUCGGGGCCAGUCUGGGUGCCCCGGAGACCUCCAAGAGCUCAGAGCUGGGGCGGCGCCCCAGGUGGGGGAGGCUCAGGGCCGGGCUGGGGUGUACCUCCGGAGGACCAGGGCUCCCCGGAGCCGCCUAGUGGAGAUGUGUGGGUGCCUCGUGGCCGACCCCCUGCAGCAGCUGCAGAAGUGUGGGUGUGCUGGACAGGGGGCAGCUGGGUGUGGCGUGAGUGGGGUCGCCCGGUUGGAGCAACUCCCGUGCAACCAGAUAAGAGCCAUGAGGCUGAGCUGGGUCCUGACGAUACUGUCCAUCUGCCUGAGCCCCCUGGCCUCGGCCACGGGAGCCGAGGGCAAACGGAAGCUGCAGAUCGGGGUGAAGAAACGAGUAGAUCACUGUCCUAUCAAGUCGCGCAAGGGAGAUGUCUUACAUAUGCACUACACGGGGAAGCUGGAAGAUGGAACAGAGUUUGACAGCAGUCUGCCUCAGAACCAGCCCUUUGUUUUCUCCCUUGGUACCGGCCAAGUCAUCAAGGGGUGGGACCAGGGGCUGCUGGGGAUGUGUGAAGGGGAAAAGAGGAAGCUGGUGAUCCCAUCUGAGCUGGGGUAUGGAGAACGGGGAGCACCCCCAAAGAUCCCAGGCGGAGCAACCCUGGUGUUCGAGGUGGAGCUGCUCAAGAUUGAGAGACGUUCAGAACUGUAGAAGGCUGCAGCGGGGGCGAGGCCCCAUCAGGGACCAGACUGCUUAAAAACAAAAAACCUUAAAAACCAAGGACUGAGUCUGUGUUUGUGUUUUCUGAAAUAAAGUCUAAGACCACA